AUGUCGACCCUCGAAGAUCUCGAUGACAUGGAUCGCCGGGAGAAGGAGGAGAAGAAGGACGGUGAUGAUGGCAAGAAGCCGUCUGGCAACGCCAGUGGCGAUUCCAAUGAUGCGGAAAUGAAAGACUCGGAAGAGAACAAGGAAGAAGAAGAGAUCGAUGUCGAGAUCCUCCAGUCGAGCACAAGAGACAUUAUCAAUCGGCGGCGGUUACUGGAGAACGAGCUCAAGAUUCUCAAGUCAGAAUUCCAUCGCCUCAAGCACGAGGAGACGACGAUGAAGGACAAGAUCAAAGACAACAUGGACAAGAUCGAGAACAAUCGCCAGUUGCCCUACUUGGUUGGUAAUGUUGUUGAGCUACUGGACCUGGACGUCGAGGCUGAGGCUGCGGAGGAGGGUGCCAACAUUGAUCUAGAUGCCACUCGGGUGGGCAAGAGCGCGGUCAUCAAGACGAGUACACGACAAACAAUCUUUCUGCCUCUGAUAGGAUUGGUCGACCAUAACAAGCUGAAGCCUGCCGAUCUGAUAGGUGUCAAUAAGGAUUCAUACCUGGUUCUGGAUACGUUGCCUGCAGAGUACGAUUCACGAGUCAAGGCCAUGGAGGUGGACGAGAAGCCUACAGAAAAGUACACUGAUGUCGGUGGCCUGGACAAACAGAUUGAAGAGCUGGUCGAAGCGGUGGUGUGGCCAAUGAAGGAGGCUGAGCGCUUCAAGAAGAUUGGCAUCAAGGCACCCAAAGGUGCACUGAUGUACGGCCCUCCCGGUACAGGCAAGACACUGCUCGCAAGAGCCUGCGCUGCACAAACCAACGCCACCUUCCUCAAGCUUGCUGGCCCGCAACUUGUGCAGAUGUUCAUCGGUGACGGUGCGAAGCUCGUCCGCGACGCCUUCGCCCUUGCCAAAGAGAAGGCGCCGGCAAUCAUCUUCAUCGACGAACUCGAUGCUGUUGGCACCAAGCGAUUUGAUUCCGAGAAAAGUGGUGAUCGAGAAGUCCAGCGUACCAUGUUGGAGCUUCUCAAUCAGUUGGAUGGCUUUGCUUCCGAUGAGCGCAUCAAAGUGCUGGCCGCUACCAAUCGUGUCGACGUACUCGACCCUGCCCUACUUCGAUCCGGUCGGUUGGAUCGUAAGAUUGAAUUCCCGUUGCCGAACGAGGAGUCCCGAGCCCAGAUUCUGCGCAUCCACUCGCGGAAGAUGACGGUCGAUGAGGACCGCGUCAAUUGGAACGAGCUGGCGCGGAGUACGGAUGAGUUUGGUGGUGCGAUGCUCAAGGCGGUCUGUGUGGAGGCGGGUAUGAUUGCGCUGCGGAAGGGCAAUAGCAAGAUCACGCAUGAGCACUACGUGGAUGCCAUUGCGGAGGUGCAGGCCAAGAAAAAGGAUACGGUCAACUUCUACGCUUAG